AUGCUCUCACGUGUUGCUGCAGGUGUCAUGGCACCCCGCACACACAACCGUCGCUGCGUGACCGGAUCCAGCGGGAGGAGGAGGGGAGGAAGAGAGAGUGAGCCGCAGAGGCCCAACAUGUCGCGGCGUGUGUUUACCUCCGCGGUGAUCCUCCUCUUUUUUAUGAUGAUGUGCUGCAACACUGGUGGGACUGCAUCCAAUGAGAAGGAGUUGUCAGAUUCGGAACCUUCAAAGAGUAAAAGUUUUGUUUGGAGAGAUAAGAAGGAUGAAGAAAUGGUGAGUUCGCUCCGUGCUCCCAGCCUGGUUGAGAUGAACGGGAAAGUGUUUGCCGUUGCCGAAGCGCAGUGCAAGAAGAACGGUGAAACCAACAGCUUUACUGGCAUUGCUUCCCAAAUUAUCAAACAAGGAAGUGUUGUCGGAAAGGAGGAAGUUCUGAAGGAUGCCAACACGAAGACAAAAGUACUAGAGGAAGGCGUUUCCGAAAAAAAGGAGAAAGUUGAUGUGAGCCGACCAACAACAGUCGUGAAGGGAAAUGACAUUUAUAUGCUUGUUGGAAAAUACAGCCGGACAGAUGCCGCUGAUGCUCGGGAGAGUGGAGCGGAUGACUCGGGGCUAUUGCUGGCGAAAGGGAACGUUAGUGGUGUUGAAAGUAACGAGCAAAUUAACUGGGAAGAUCCUAAAUUUCACCCGCGACGUCUUUUUGACACAGAGCACAAAUCGUUGACGUCAAUGUUUGGCAGCGGUGGAUCUGGUGUUCACACGGAGGACGAUACGCUCGUAUUCCCAGUGGAAGCCAAGAAAAAGCAGAAGGAAACUGACACAGAAAAGGAAGAAAAGACCGUAUCGUUGAUCAUGUACACCCUGAAGGAUACUGCUGGGAGUUGGAAGCUCUCGAAGGGGAUGUCUGACGGUGGCUGCAGUGAUCCCUCCGUCGUGGAGUGGAAGGACAAAAAACUCAUCAUGAUGACUGUGUGUGAUGAUGGCCGCCGCAGGGUGUACGAGUCCGCUGACAAGGGGGAGUCGUGGACGGAGGCACUCGGGACACUCUCGUGCGUGUGGAGCAACAAACAGGGAAAUGAGAAGGGCGUUAGAAGCGGGUUCAUCACAGCGACGAUUGACGGUGAUGAAAAUAAGAGAAAUGUGAUGCUCGUCACUCUGCCGGUGUAUUCCGAGAAGGCUGAUAAAAAAGAAGCGGGCAAUGGAAAGAGUGAACUCCAUCUUUGGCUGACGGACAACACGCACAUUGUUGAUAUUGGGCCGGUAUCCGAUGAUGACGCUGCCGCCAGCUCCCUGUUGUACAGAAGUGGUAAAACUGAUAAUAAUGAUGAGAAGUUGAUUGCACUGUACGAGAAGAAUAGCGGUGGGAAACCAUCACCCGGUAUGGUCUCUGUGCUUCUGACUGAGCAGCUGCAGCGGGUGAAGGAUGUGCUGGCGACGUGGAAGAAAGUGGACGAAACUGUCUCCAAGCUGUGCACCACUUCAAGUGCUGAGAAGGAUACCUCAUCUGGCACUGCCAUGCCGACAAAUGGGCUGGUUGGCUUUCUGUCCGGCAACUUUUCUAAUGACACAUGGAGGGACGAGUACCUCGGGGUGAACGCCACAGUGAAGAAGAAAGAUGGGGCUGCAAAGAAUACAGAGGAUACAAGGGCAACAAAGACUUCCGAUGGUGUGAAGUUCCAUGGAGCGUGGGCGGAGUGGCCCGUUGGCAGUCAGGAGGAGAAUCAGCUGUACCACUUUGCGAACUACAACUUCACUCUUGUGGCGACGGUGUCCAUCAACGGUGUGCCGGAGAGUGGCAGCGUCCCUGUGAUGGGUGUGCGUCCGAGCCGUGAAGGAGGAAAAAAAACUUUUGAACUGUCGUACGACAGCGGAAAGAAGUGGCGAGUGCUGUGCGAUGUCGAAAACCCUGAGGAUCAAGGCCACAUUUUGGCGACGGAUACAACACACAACGUGGUAAUUUUGCUACGGAACGGCAGCCAAGGCUCUGCGUACGUCGAUGGUCAGCCUGUGGGUGGGGAUGAACAAUGUAAAUUGGAAACCACGGGAUCGAACGAGAUCUCGCAUUUCUACAUUGGAGGGAAUGGAGGCGAAAAAGGUGUCUCAGGGAAUCAAGACGUGUCAGUGACGGUGACGAACGUCCUGCUGUACAACCGCCCGUUGAAUGACGAUGAGAUCACUGCGCUUAACACAAAACUUUCUAUUCCAAAAGCAAGAGGUACAGAAACAGUGAAUGGGGAUACUCCACCAGUGGCAAGUAAACAAGCUACGCCGGAAGCCGGAACUCCGUCUAUUCUUGGCGGGCAAAAGCAGAAUGAACAGGACUCGUUGAAGAAAAGUAAAGAUGCGGACAGUGGCGGUGCAUCCGCAUCAGCGGUGUCCACUGUCAGUAUUCCAUCAGCAGAAAAGGACUCCGUAGUGCAGGUGGAGUCAGGAACAUCUUCCGAUGGAACUCAAACUGUGGGUGGCGGUUCUACUGCUGAUGGCGAGCCAACGAUGGAGAAAAGAGAAGGAGGAACGGAUGCGCAGGAGGAGGGAAUCCAUGCACAGGGCAGGGAAGUAAAGGCUGCGGCACUCAGCAGCAGUCUCGGAAAUUUGUCGCAGGGGAAUAACACCGAUGCCGGCACUGUGUGCGGGAGCGGACUGCUGCCGCUGCUGCUUCUGUUGGGACUGUGGGGGUUUGCGGCUCUGUGA